AUGGCAGGCUACGCCGUCCGAGUGGGCGACACGGUCACCGUGCCCGGUGACAUGUACGGCACGGUCAAGUUUGUUGGAUCCGUUGCGAACAAGAACGGCGUCUUCGCCGGUGUGCAACUCGCGAAUGAAUUUGCUCCGCGCGGCAAGAACUCAGGCGAUGUUGAAGGGAAAUACUACUUCAAGACCACAAUACCCGGCGCAGGAAUAUUCCUGCCAGUCGACAAAGCAGUGAAGCGACCGCCCGCUGUCAAUAGCACUGCUGCUGGUAUGCGACCGAGUGCUGCCGCGCCUGGCACUCCAACGAGAUUGACUAGUUUCAAUGUCGGCGGUCGUACGCCUGCGACGGGCAAGCCCAACUUCAGCCAGUCGGUCAGCGCUGCAGGUCGAGCGAGCCCUGCGUUGAAGCCUCCUAUGCGUCGAGAGUCGCUGCCGCGACCGCAGAGCCCUCUACGGAAGACCGCAACGCCUGGAAAGGCUCUGGUCACACCUAAGUCCAGAGCCGCGCCGGCGAGUGGGCUAGCUAAGAGCCAGAUUGGCGGACCGACAGGCUACCGGAGUGCAGGACCAAAGCCGUCUUUGGGCGGUAACAAAUUCAGUCAGAGCCUCCGCGCCACUUCCACCACGUCUAACAUCACCGCUCGAUCCGAGGCAGAAUCGUCGCUCGGCCCUGAGUCUAGCUUUGAUGAGGUGCCCGAGGAAGACGGCGAAAGUACGCCCACGCCUACACCGCACGUUGCUGGCAGGAAACAAUCAGAAGUCAAGCAACUCGAAGAGGUCGCCCGACUUCGAUCACUGCUCGACGAGAAAGACCGCGCUCUGAGCGACCAGAACUCCAGUAUCGCCAAGAUGGAACGCAAUUUGAACGAGCUUAGCAAGCUUGUACCAGAAUUGUCCGCCGAACCACCGCGGUCCCGCUCCCGCUCACGACUACGGCAAGACAUCGAGGACGAGGACUUGCCCCGCGAUGUAGCCGCACUCAGAGCGGCUUUACGCGAGAAGAACGAGAAGAUUAAGCUACUGACCGCCGAAUUCGACGCCAAUCGGGCAGACUUCCGUUCGACCAUCGAUACGCUCGAGAUGGCUAGCACAGAGACCGAGCGCGUUUACGAGAAGCGUGUCGAUGAGCUGUUGGAGGAAGUCCGGAAUCUGCAAGACCGCAGCGAAGACGUCGAAAGUGUAGCGCAGCAACUGAAGCAGCUGGAGGAGCUGGUACAGGAGCUAGAAGAAGGCCUCGAGGACGCUAGGAGGGGAGAGGCCGAAGCCCGGGGUGAAGUUGAGUUCUUGCGAGGCGAAGUCGAGAGGUCGCGGAGUGAGCUCAGAAGAGAAAGGGAGCGAAAACGGACUGAGGAGCAAUUGAACGGGUAUGGUAGUGACAGCGGCGGCCACGAGCAGGAGAAGCUCGACGAGUUGCAGUCGCAGCUCGAUAGCAAAGAAGACGAAAUUCGUGGUCUGAAGACCAUUAUUCGAAAUCUGCAGACGGCCGAGGACACUGUCGGCACUACUCGCAACAAGCCAAAUGGCAUAUCGAACGCCGCAAAGAGCAAAAUUCUGGCUAACGGCAAUUGCAAUGGCAACGGGAUCAACGACGACUCGAAUGCGAACCGAAACAGCAUGCAACAGCAUAUCCGCGAACUGGAGGAUCUUCUGCAGCAGAAAACGCAGCAUGAGCAGGAGCUCGAAAAGGAGAACUCACAGCUUCGCAGCUCGGUCCAUAUCGGCAAGUUUCCCAUGACCGGCGGAUCUAGUGCUUUUGGCCUGCGUACAGGAAAUUCGUCCAGGCCGACAAGUCGCGAUAUGAUGCCGCCUCUGUCGCCCAGCAGGACGCGGAGGACUGAUCUUGCCGAUAACAACGACAAGCACACGAGUACUGGAACACAGGGCAGUCAGCGAACAGUAGUCCUCAGCCCUGCAGCAGAGAAGGCAAAUACGUGGCAACGUGCAGACGACGAUGAUGUUGAUGAUGUAGUCCCCGAUCGGAAGCUACCCAACCACCAGCGCCAGCAAUCAGCCGACAGCAACAACGAAGCCGCCUCCGAAACCUCCUCUUCCGCCGCGCUAUGGUGCGAGAUAUGCGAGGAGGGCGGCCACGACAUUCUCAGCUGCAAGAACAUGCUCGCUUCGUCUGACGCAAUGGAGGAUGAGCCCGCAACGCAAGACACUCCGUCUUCUCCUCAGCACUCGCGCAACAAGCCGUCAGAAUCAAUGCCAAAGCCUCUCAGCAUGUCCCGCAAAUCCACCCGCGACAGCAAUCAGGACAGCGCGCCCAGCAAGCCGCCCGAUGCAGCCCUCCCACCUCCACCCGUCGCCUCCACAACAGCCACACAGCGACCGUCCAGCUUCGACGACGAUGACAACGACAGCGACGACCUCGUCACCGCAACGCAAACACCCAUGCUCACGCCUCCAAAAUCUUCCCCGUCCAACAGUCUUGAGCCCGAAAAGCAACAGUCCCAAGAGCGCUCCGUGAGCGCCGAAAGGCAGCUCAAAUUGCCCGUCGAAGGCACCGGCGCGCAGGCGGGCAUGUGGGCAGGGAAGUCGUCCGGCUUGAUCGAUCCGGACAAGUGGUGUGCGCUGUGUGAGCGGGAUGGGCAUGAGAGCGUGGAUUGUCCAAUCGAGGACGCUUUCUAG